AAUGGUGGACAAGGAAUGCAUUAUGGUGUAUCGUUAUUUGUCUAAUCGGCUGUACAACCAUAAUUGAGUACUAUAUGAGAAAUUUUAGACUUAAGACUAAUGUUCUUUCAAACAAUGAAUGUUGAUAAGGCUGAAGUCAUUCAAGUAGGCAUUUUGUGACAUUGAAUAGGAGAGGGAAGUUAUACCUGCAUUAAAAUUUAAAGGUUAUUGAGAAACCUGCAAAACAGGAUAAUAUUCUGCAUGUUCUUUCUGCGUCUUAAAAUCAUUCCGAUUUCCAGAGGUCAACAGCUUGAAAAACAAAGAUUACUUCUGGUUAUAUGAUGGCAAACCGGGAUCUGCUGCAGACAUUCCCAUGCUGUGUCUUUAUUGCUGGAGUUUUUGUAUCGUAUGUUACAACCCCAUUAAUCUGCAAAAGCCUUGAUUUGAGGAAUGAUCAAGGAAACCAGUGCUCCGUUCAUAACAGACUAGUGAAACUGAAGGUGCCACCACCAGAGGACUGUCCUGAUGAUGAAGUGAUGGAUCUGGCCCUGUACCUUAUAGUGAUUGCGUCCAUUUUCCUCUUUCUUGUUAUAUUUUUUCUUUGCAUCUGGUGGAUUGUCAUAAUAAGCUCAAAAAGGAACCAAAAAGCAGAAAUUGGAAUUUUAAGCAUUUUCCUUGCUAGUACUUUAGCUGUUGUUGGAUUCAUGAUCUUUUGCUAUAGUUCUUUAGACACUGUCCAAGGAAAAAAUGAAGAAAUGAAUUUCGAAACUCUGCACACAAACAUGAAAUCAUCCUUAACGGGCAAUUUUGUGAGUGAUAAUAUAAAGAGUGAAAAUGAAACAUCAAACCAAUGGAGUAGGAUGUUAAUAGAAUACAAAUGUUGCGGUGUAAAUACUGUCUUCGGGACAACUAAUGAUUUUGACACGACUCCCUGGUGUACAACUAAUGGUUCCUGUCAGCUAACAAAUUCUCAGAUUCCAAAGUCCUGCUGUCUCGGAGUCAUUUCGGAGGACCUCCAGUCAGCUCAUGACGACUGUCAUGCCAAAGUCACCCAGAAAACAUAUAACGAAAAGGGGUGCUUUUUGACAGUUAAAGAGAAGUUACUUGAAAAGAAAGAGCAACAGAGACUGAAAAUAAAGGGGGUUCUUGAGGAGGAAAUAAAAGUGUUCCCCAUAAUGGGAAUAUGUGUACUUUUGCAAAUUUUUGGUAUAAUUCGGAGUGCUUGCAAAAUCGGGGAAGAAGACGAAGAAGACGAAGAAGACAGCGAACAUGCAAACAGAAGGAAUCAAACAGAAGACUCCAAUAACACAAACGGCAUUAUGAUUAGCCCUUUGUAGCUUUUUAUCAAACUUACAUAUAAAAGUAUUUAACCCUAUCUCAUAUUUCGGACUGAUUGAAAUUCUAAUCGAUAGAUAUCACACUUUUCAUUUGAUAAUUUGUUUUUAAAAAAUCGCAAAUCCAAAAAGGACUUCGAAUCAGGUUUUUGAAUCAACGUCCAAUAUCAAACAAAGGUUUCAUGACUCUGAAGACGUUCAUAUAAAACCAGGAAUAAGAAAAAGGCAGAUGCAGUUCAGUUUAAUAAGUAAUCAUAUUUCAAAAUCAUAAUAUAUAUUGUAAAAACCAAACAUAAGUUUUACACACUAUUAAAAAAAGCAUGCUGUGUAAUGUGCAUAUGUAUUAAUCAUGCUUAAAAGAAACAUAUUAAAAGCAAUAAGAAAACAUUGAUGUAAUCAUCAAUUGUCGCCCGGGAAAAAGAUAAAGAAAACAAUGGAAAUGAGUCUUGAUCAACAAACCGCUUCGAUACGUGUGAGAAAGGAAUGCGUCUAAAUAAUGGAGACGAUAGUCGAGAAUAUUUUAAAAACUGAUAGUCGCAUGAAAAUCGAACAAAAACGAUACCCUUUCAAAUUCUAUCAAUUACUCAAGUACAUGUAACUGUGGACUGCAUUAAAUAUACAUUAAAAUCAGAAACAUGCAUCACCUGUUUUAAAAAAUAUAUUUCACACUACUGUGAUAUCAAUAUUUCUGAAUCACCAUUCUAUGUGAGAAAUUUAAAUUGCUGUUUGUUAAAUUAUCACACUUUUUAUUUCUUUUGUUCUGUAGCAGUCCAAUUUUGAAGGAUAUCAGCAUUGAGACAGUCUGAUAUUACUAUUAAUAUCAGACUGCUCACUAAUAUCGGACGGCUACAGGUAAAUUUUUAGACUGCAAGAACAAAAAGCAAUGUUUUAACAAGCUCGUUGAACCUCACAUUAAGCAAGAGGGAACUUAAUUAUAUUCCAAAUGAUAUCAAGAACUUUUUUCUUAUUUUGUAUGGUUUUAUGGACUUUGAGACUGAAUACUGUUCGUUAUCUCCAUAUCCUUCUUCUAUAUCUUUUGUAUCAUUUUUGCCCUGUAUAUAAAGUCUUUCAGAUUAUGAUAAUUGCAAAACCAUAAAACACGAAAUGCAUUUGUAAAUGAACUUUUGAAACAUUGAAGGUAAGAAACAAGGACAAAUUCUGGCAAUCUAAUAAUCAUGUUUACGGAAUAUUCCACCUGUAACUUGUAUUGUGUACUCAUUAU